AGGGAGAGAGAGGGAGAGACAGAACUGUGUCAAAAGCUGAAGCUGCUUCCCUUCCACUGAAAAGAACAACCCCAAGGACAGCAGGAGGAGGAGGAGUUUCUGUUCUGGAGGAGUGUGUGUGUGUGUGUGUGUGUGUGUGGGGGGGGGGGGGGGGGGGGACUCAGACUUGCUGGACGGAUAUAAGUCAAGAGGGACCGUAGAACUGGGACUUACAUUUGUGUGUGUGAGCACGAUAGACGUCCUCUUUGCUUCAGCCGUUGUCACGGUGACGGCUAGACGACGAUCCAGCCUGUACAGCCUGUACACGCCCCACACACACACACCCACCCACACACACACACACAUACACCCCCCCACACACACCCCACACCCCACCCCACACACACACACACACACACCCACACACACCCCCCCCCACACACACCCCCACAUGCACCCUCAGGAGGAGCGGGCUUCCUCAGACACUGGCUCCGCCGCCCAUGACUUCCUGGACGCCGGUUGCUACGACUACAUGGCUGCGGCCCCCCCAGGCUUCUACGCGGCCCCCCCCCACCCCGAGGUGGGCUUGCCCAUGGGGGGGUCCGGCAGCCCCCUGGCCCUCCUGCCCUCCAGCCCACAGCUGCCCCCCUUCCACAACCACCCCGCCCCCCCACCUGCUCUCUACCUGGACACGCCCGCCAGCUCAGCAUACAGGUCGAGUGAGCAUGAGGAGUUAAGUGGCGGCCCCUGCAGGCCAGAGGAGUGUACUGCGGGAGCGGCUAAAGAGAUGCGCUACUGCCCCUCCAGGCCGGAGGAGUGUACUGCGGGAGCAGCUAAAGAGAUGCGCUACUGCGCCGUGUGUCAUGACUACGCCUCCGGCUACCACUACGGCGUGUGGUCCUGCGAGGGCUGCAAGGCCUUCUUCAAGAGGAGCAUCCAGGGUCAUAAUGACUACAUGUGUCCGGCCACCAACCAGUGCACCAUCGACAGGAACCGCAGAAAGAGCUGCCAGGCCUGCCGCCUCAGGAGAUGCUAUGAAGUGGGCAUGAUGAAGGGAGGGUUCCGUAAGGAGCGUGGCAGGAGGGUGAUGCGGCGGGAGAAGCGUCCUCUUGGCGAGCGAGCAUAUGGCGAGCCACUGCAAAGGCCAGCUUCCUUGCUGGGGGGCCUGCGGAGGCUGGCAGUGCCCUCUGGUGGCCCGGGGGAGGUACUGCAGCUACUGCUGGUGGCGGAACCCCCGAUGUUGUGCUCACGCCAGAAGCCCUCGCAGCCCUACACCGAGCUCAGCAUGAUGACACUCCUCACCAGCAUGGCCGACAAGGAGCUUGUCCACAUGAUCGCCUGGGCCAAGAGGAUCCCAGGGUUCCAGGAGCUGUCCCUGCAUGACCAGGUGCACCUACUGGAGAGUUCGUGGCUGGAAAUCCUGAUGAUCGGGCUCAUCUGGAGGUCCGUCCACUGCCCAGGGAAGCUCAUCUUUGCCCAGGACCUCAUCCUGGACAGGAAUGAAGGGAACUGUGUGGAGGGCAUGGUGGAGAUCUUUGACAUGCUCCUUGCCACAGUAGCUCGCUUCCGCACCCUCAAGCUCACACCUGAGGAGUUUGUGUGCCUCAAAGCCGUCAUUCUGCUCAACUCAGGUGCUUUCCCCUUGUCCUCGAGCUCGGCGCAGCCACUCCAGGAUGGCUACAGUGUGCAGUGCAUGCUCGACAACAUCACCGACGCCCUCAUCUACUGCAUCAGCCAAUCAGGCACAUCUGUGCAUCUGCAGUCUCGCCGGCAGGCUCAGCUCCUGCUUCUGCUCUCCCAUAUCAGGCACAUGAGCAACAAGGGCAUGGAGCACCUCUACAGCAUGAAGUGCAAGAACAAGGUGCCGCUGUACGACCUGCUGCUGGAGAUGCUAGAUGCCCACCGCCUCCAUACCCCAGGGAAGGUGGCACCUGACUGGGCUCAGGAUGACAGGGCAUCCCCCCUCACCCCCAACCAUCCUGUGGCCACCGGGCUGUACUGCUCAUUGAGCCCUGCGGUCUAGUAGUCCCCCCCACAGCACCACAGGCUCCAACCCAGAGGCAGAGGACUCCAGAGAAGCGUCCUUGAGUUCUGCUCAUAGGAACAUGUGUAGACAGCAGAACAUUUACAUGUUCUUAAAUGUUUUUUGGCUCUAUUGAGGUGUCAGGACAUCUGCUGUAUAUAAAACAUAUGAAGACAA